AUGAAGCACCAUCUGAUGAUCGGCACAUGGACACCUCCUGGAGCCAUAUUCACAGUCGAGUUCGAUGACGACGCAGGGACAUUGAAGUUGGUGAAAAGAACGUCCAUUCCAGAGGACGAGCCAAUAUCAUGGAUCACCUUCGAUCAUGCCCGGAGGAACAUCUAUGGCGCUUCCAUGAAGAAGUGGUCAAGCCAUAUGAUCAAAGCACCAGACGAUAUUGCUCACCAGGUGUCGCAUCCCAUGAGCCAUGAUCCCCAGGCACAGAGCUCCGAUACUAGAACAAGGGCGAUAUUUGUCCUAGCAGCCAAGAAGCCGCCUUAUUGUGUUUAUGGGAAUCCAUUCUACGAGCACGCUGGCUUCGGCAACGUGUUUUCCAUUGACGAGAGUGGCAAACUGGACAAGAACAUCCAGAACUACGAGUACAGUGAAAAGUCGGCUAUUCACGGCAUGGUCUUCGACCCUUCAGAAACAUACCUUUAUUCUGCCGACAUGUGGGCAGACAAGGUCUGGACGCACAAGAAAGCCGCCGACGGCACCCUCACCAUGGUCGGCAGUGUUGAUGCACCAGCACAAGGCGACCAUCCCCGUUGGGUCGAAUUGCACCCCAGUGGACACUACCUCUACGUGUUGAUGGAAGCUGGGAACAGAUUGGGCGUCUAUGUGAUUGACGAAACCACGCAUCUUCCUGUCUUUACGCACACUAUCUACCCGCUCGUGCCCCCAGGUGUAAAAGAUCUCAAGAAAAUGUAUCGGUCUGAUGUCGUCUUUUGCUCUCAGAGCGGACAGUAUCUCUUUGCAACUGCACGCUCCAAUUCGCACAGCGUGACGGGCUAUAUCAGCGCAUUCAGACUCGGUCCCCAGGGUCAGAUAGAGCGACAGCUAUGUAUCAGUCCCACGCCGAACAGUGGUGGCCAUUCGAAUGCUGUAAGCCCCUGUCCUUGGACUGAUGAGUGGUUGGCUUUGACAGACGAUCAGGACGGCUGGAUAGAGAUCUACCGUUGGCACGACGAGUACCUUUCUAGAGUGGCUCAUCUUGACAUCAAGGAGCCUGGCUUCGGAAUGAAUGCCAUCUGGUAUGACUAG